GGUUCUUAGAAAGAUAUUCAGAGUGAAUGAAGGAAUAGAGGGGAGAUUCCCCCAUCAAGUGUCAAUGGGUCUGAUGGACCAGCUCUCUGUAUAAAAGACAGGUCAGAUCAGACCUCAGACAUAGAACCAGAGCAUCAGCUAGACUUCUGACACAGAACCAGACUAGAGCAUCAGAGACCAGAACAUCAGAGACCAGAACAUCAGAGACCAGAGCAUCAGAGACCAGAUCAUCAGAGACCAGAUCAUCAGAGACCAGAGCAUCAGAGACCAGAACAUCAGAGAACAUCUCAGACAAUACAAUCUUCAGCAUCUCAACCAUCUCUGAACCAUGAAGACCCUGACUGCUCUACUCCUCCUGGGACUGCUCUGCUCCCUGCAUACGACUUCUGCAGGUGUCAUCGCGUUGGAAAUAGCACCUGAAUGCUGUAUGAAAUUCAGCGCGAGGAUCCCUCUUCAACAAGUAGUUUCUCUCAGAACAACCUCCAGUAGCUGCCCUCGCAAAGCACUGAUUUUCACCACAAAGAAAGGGAAGACAUUUUGUGUUGACCCUUCUGAAGCCUGGGUCCAGAGUCAUGUGACCAAGAUUGAGAGCAGGCGACAAUGAUGUCAUCGACCACCAUCACCCCCUAACACCCCAACCCCUUGUUGGUGCACUUUAAAGGGAAUAGGUUACCAUUAGUGACUCAAACCUUGUCAUGCAUGUCAAUAUCCUAUCAGAGAUUGGUAUGGAUUAGGUUCAAUGUAAUGUACUAGGUCUAGGAUAUACUAAUUGUUUAUUUUUCUAUAACUGUAAACAUAUUUGACAUGUAACUAUUCAGUAAACUAUUUAAUAUUUUAUAUUUUGUAAAGCCAUUGAAAAUUUCAAACAUCCUGUGAAAGAGUGGUUCAUAUGAUUCAAUGAAUGUAUUAAUGGAUAUAUAUGGGUUGUAAUUAGGUCUAUUCUACUAUACUGAUAUAUAUAUUGAUGGGUUAUAACUAGGUCUAUUCUACUAUAAUGAUGUAUAUAUUAAUGGGUUGUGUACAUGUUCUCAAUCUGCAGCUGUUUAAAUAAAUCAAGUACUCUGAA